AUGAAUACUAGCUCAUACGUUGAGCCGACAGUUCUGAAAAAUCAACAGCGUUCUUCGACAAUACCGGAUGUGGUAACACCGCGAAUUCCAUUUGUUGACACUGUAACGCUUAAAAGCGAAUCUGGCGAAAAAACCGUUCUAUUAUCUAAUUUACUUUCAAAUGCCACGUUGGAAGUUGAUAACAAAAAUUUAUCUCCUACUGAUAUGAAACGGAUAGUUUCUGCCCUGAAGCAAAAUAAAAAAGUAAAGCAGCUACGAGUUGUGUCUGACUGUCAUCAUGUGAUUGGAAUUCUUGUCGAAGUUUUAAAUGUUAAUCGAACGUUGACUGAUAUCGACCUUUCAUUUGGCAUGAAUGAUGACGACUGCGUUUUUAUCGCUAAUACAUUAAUCAAUAAUAGCAGUCUGGAAAAAUUGAAAAUAUGUCGAAACAAAAUUACAUCUGUAGGUUGUAAAGCGAUUGGUGAAAUGCUGAAAUCAAAUAUAACUUUAAAAUAUCUGAAUAUUUGUCGAAAUAAUCUUCGUGAUGAAGGAGUGAAAUUCAUUUGCGAAGGUGAUAAUAAUCUCAACGAUGAUGACAUUACGGUGAUUGCAAAUGCACUCAAAUCCAAUAACACACUGAUCGAACUAGAUGUCAAGUGGAAUAAAAUUAGUGAAAUAGGCGCAUUGGCAUUAAUCAAUACAUUGACAGUUAACCGAACUUUAAAGACUGUCAAACUUCAGUUUAAUAGUAUGCCGCAAGACGUGGCAGUAAGAAUUAAUCAAAACACUCCUCAAUUAAAAACAAUUGGUCUUGGUAUAUGCUCAAUUAUUAAAAACUGA